AUGGAACUGGUCAAUACCACCACCUUGUCAACCCCCUCCAGGGUAGACCAGGAAGACUGCGGCCUGCACUGCAGAAUCGUUCUGAUAGCACUCUACUCGGUGGUUUUGCUCGGAGGCACCGUGGGGACAAUUAUGAUGUCCAGGAUGAUGUUCAAAAGGAAGAGUCAGUCUGUUAUUGCCACGAUCAUCCUCAAUAUCAUAGUGCUGCGCUCCGUUCUCGACAGUCUUCCGCUCCGCCUCAGCUAUUACGUCUCUGACGUCUGGGCCUUUGGAUUCUUUACGUGCCGAGUGGUUAGCGGCGUCAUCUACGGCCACAUGUACUUUAUCUUUGUUUUCUACGUGGCUAUUGUCAUAUUCCGCCUGCUGGUCUAUUUUAAAAAGCUCCAAGUGCAACGGCUGCAAAAGUUCCAUGCGGUCGUUUUAAGCGUGGUUAUAUGGCUGGUGGGGAGCCUCGUUUUUUUGCCAUUGUUUUUUUCACAGUAUGGCACAAACCCAAGUUUUUCACAGGAGCCAAGAUGUUUUGAGUUCUACAAAGACCUCAACCGCAGUGAAUUAAUUGUCAUAAACUAUUCUGUGAUCGCCAUUAUGAUGACAACGGUUACGGCCCUCUCUUUAGUAGAAAUGGUUGUCAUCUUUCAAAUGGUAAAGGCUCUUUGGCCUGACAUGUGGGCCCAUCAAGAGUAUAGAGCUCAAAUCAAGAGUUUCUUCUUCCUCCUUGUAAUAUUUGUCUGUUUUGUACCACACCAUGCAUUCCGCAUAUACUUUAUUCAAAAUUAUUCCAAGAAAGAUCAUUCUCAGUUAGUUCUUUAUAAUGAAAUUUGUGUCGCUCUAACUACUGUCUGUUGCCUCGAUAUGCUGUGUUUCAUAGGUGGACUUAUUCAUUAA